AGAGAUGAACCCCGGGAUGGUAGCCGUGGCACCUCCUGCCAAGAACGUGGUCGUCUAUCGCAAUGGAGAUCCCUUCUUCAACGGCCGGAAGUUUGUGGUCAGCCAGCGCCGGUUCUUAACCUUUGAGGCCUUUCUGAAUGAGGUGACCAGUAUGAUCCAGGCCCCCGUGGCCAUCCGGAGCAUCUACACCCCACGGCAUGGCCAUCGGGUCUCGGGGCUGGAGGAACUGCAGAACGGGUCCCAAUAUGUUGCCGGAGGCUUUGAGCGGUUCAAGAGGCUCAACUAUUUAAACCCUGAAAUGAAGCAACUGAACAGAAAGCUGAAAAAAGACAGCACACAGAACCAUCCAGGUAUUUCCCAGAGGAUGUCCGUUCCAGUGCAAUGGAAGAGACGCACUAACCUCCCUUGCAUCAUACACGUUUUCCGCAACGGGGACCUACUGAGCCCACCUUUCCGCCAGAUGCUCACCAGGAACGCCUUGCGGGAAUGGAGCACCGUCCUCAGCCUUGUAUCCGAAAAGGCAAGGCUGCACAGUGGAGCAGUGAAAAAGCUGUAUAAGUUGAAUGGCGAUGUUGUCUCGAGGGGCGAGGAGCUGGUGAGCGGAGACUAUUACGUGGCCGUGGGGCUGGAGAAGUACAAAAACCUCCCCUACUUUGAACUCUUGGUACCCCCGAAGAUCGUACGUCGGUCAUUCCGAAAUCUCCCCAAUAACAGAAGGUGGCCCCAAAACCAAGGGCUUGGACAUCACCACCUUCCUUCCCAAGAUGGGUCCAGCGAUUCAGCGCUCCUUAGAUCACCGAAGCAGCUGAACCUUCGAAGGGUGCAAUCCACAGGCGUUGUGCAACCGGAAAAGCACCCAAACACCUCUGCAGCAACAAUGCACAAACAAGCCCCAAAAUACCCCCAUAAAGAUAAGAAGUUGUCUGUCUUUCAUGCCAAGCCAGCUCAGGUAGAAAGGAUCAGUCCGAACUCAUACCAGAGCAUUGACCAAGAAGAAGGAAGCAUCUAUAAAAUGAAAGGUGCAAGGGAGGAGAUGGCACACGCCCAAGAAGUAGGGGAAGAUGAGGAUACACAGGUGGAAUUGCCUCUAGACCAGAGAGCUGCCGAGACUGUAGACGAAGAAGUUGUGCCUAAAACGAACCCCUUGCCACGCAGAAAGGUUGGAACAACUGAGAAGGUACAGACAGUUCAGUCCGUUCAGCAUGCUGCUGGUGAUUCUAGGCAGGAGGAGACCCGAAAGUCUCGCUUCCAUCCGGCUUGGAGAAAGGCGUCUGAAAAAUGACUGUACUAAAAUCAGAGACCCAGCAAUUUUUUAAAAUCCCCUUUCCGCUGUAAGGAGAGAUCUUAAACAAACUGAGCACUGGUUUUGCAUAGUCUUAUGGACAUCCUCAAAAUA